AGGACAAAACAUGUAAUCGACACGAGUCGCUCUCUCUCUCUCUCUCUCUCUCUCUCUCUAGAAAAUAAUAUACCAAACCUUCAAACCCUAUACAGGCCCCUUCAUUUCCGAUGAUAAAUCGAGUCUCCAAACCAGCCUUCGGAGAUUUCUACUGUUCUCUCUCUCUCCGGUUCGUCGAUCUUCCAGCGUGCAGCCGAUUUUCGAUCCCACCAGCGUUUUCACAUCCCGCGUCUUCUCGAUCUGCCAGGAAAGGUUAGCAGAAAUGGUAGAAAAUUAGCAUACAUGGGAGAUUUCUGUAAGGAACUGAAUUGGUGACAUCUAUUUGAAGUUGGUUUCAUUUGGUCGGACGAUUAUUCGAAGUGUUAUGCGAUUAUGAGGAAGAAGAGGAAAGGCAGUGAAAUUUUAAACCCUAAUCCAGAGGCGGAAAUUUUUGAAUCAAUCCGUGAUAAGCGAUUAUCAUUAUCGAAUUUGAAGUUCCAUUAUUCCUUGGAAGAUUAUGCAAGGUUGAAGAAGAGGUGCAAGGAAGAUGUGGAUGACGAGCCUGCUGGAUCAUGUAAAAGUAGACUCGUGGGUAUUGCUGCUACAGCUCCACCUUGUGGAACAUCUUCAUUGGUCUUGCCAGGAAGGGGCUUGAAGAGGAAGAUAGGGUGUAUUGAUGUGGCCACUCAAAUAGGUAACAAAAAUAAGAUUGAGGAUGAUUAUGUAAUGGGUGCCACAAUUGGGAAAGGUAAAUUCGGUUCUGUUUCGUUGUGUUCGAAUAGGGCUACCGGAAUGGAAUUUGCAUGUAAGACUCUUAUAAAAGGGGAGGAGACAGUUCACCGUGAAGUGGAGAUUAUGCAACAUUUGUCAGGCCAUCCAGGUGUCGUGACAUUGGAGGCAGUUUAUGAGGAUUCAGAAUGUUUUCAUCUUGUGAUGGAGUUGUGUUCGGGUGGUCGGUUGAUUGAUCAGAUCGCCAAGGAGGUUCAAUAUUCUGAGCACCGGUCUGCUAAUAUAUUCAAGGAAUUGAUGCUGGUGAUUAAGUAUUGUCAUGAGAUGGGAGUUGUACACAGGGAUAUAAAACCUGAGAAUAUUCUUCUCACAACUUCAGGGAAGAUAAAGCUUGCAGAUUUUGGUUUGGCCAUGAGGGUUGCAAAUGGCCAGAGAUUGACUGGUUUGGCUGGGAGCCCUGCUUAUGUUGCCCCAGAAGUGUUGUUAGGCAAUUAUUCUGAGAAAGUGGAUAUAUGGAGUGCUGGUGUCCUGCUGCACGUGCUGCUGACUGGUGCCCUCCCAUUUCAAGGAGACUCAUUAGAAGCAGUUUUUGAGGCAAUCAAGAAUGUGAAGCUUGAUUUCCAUUCUGGGAUAUGGGAAUCUAUAUCUAAACCUGCACGGGAUCUGAUUGAGCGCAUUCUUACCAGGGAUGUUGCAGCAAGGAUAACUGCAGAUGAAGUGCUAAGGCAUCCAUGGAUAUUGUUCUAUACUGAGCGCACGUUAAGGAUACUAUCUAUCAAAUCAAAAUCAAAAGGUCAGUCGAUACAACCGUCCCAGCAACUAUCCCAUACAAACAGACUCGGGCAGGAUCAAAGCAGGACAGCCCGUGGAUUUUCCAGGGACGGUGCUAGUACAUCGUCAUUGUCGCCUGGCAUUUCGUGUUGCAGGACAGAAGAGGAGGAGGAGGAGGACGGUGAUUUAGUCGAUGCACUUGCAGUAGCUAUUUCACACGUGAGGAUUUCCGAACCGAAGAGGAGCAGGCUGUGUAGCCCAACGAACCCUAUAAGAGAGCAGUGUUCAUCUAACAUGAAGGCUAACAAUCUCUGCAAAGCAUUUUGAUUCUGACACAUAGACAGACAGCUGACCAACUGAUGCUGCCGCCCUCCAACCGAGACCCCCCGCCACGGCCACCGCCCCCUUUUUAAUUGGGGAUCUGAAUAUUACCCCUCUUGGAAUAUGUUUGUUCCAUUUUCA